AGUGCUCUCCCCAAAUCCGCUGUGUCGAAUAUCAUACAUGAAUUAGUCUCGUGUUGUGGUACUACUGGCAGUAUCCAAAUGUGUACGACUCUAACAUUGACGUUUCUGUGUCUUUGAAUCAACAUAAUCAUACACAGAUUGCGCACAACUGAGGUUCCUUUAUUAAAUACGUAUGCAUAUGCAUAUGUGUAUUUAUAUCGAACCAAGUAAGACUUAGCGAUUUUUCUAGAACAUCAAACGCUGCCACAUAACCACACAAUUGAGUUUAAUUUCAUUUGAAAAAACGUGAAUAUUGAUUUAAGUUGUGAUAAGAAUUGAAUUCGGCUUUUUUCCAACACAAAACCAUUGAAAUGUAAAAUGGAGCAAAAUUUGGUGGAAACUCAAAUAGACGAACAUUUGAUGACAAUUCAGCGUGAUACCAAGACUGCAUUGGAACGCCUUGAAAGACAUGGUUUGAAAGUGGAUAAGAGAUUUCUGAACUAUUUCUUAAAGCUGUCUGUUGAUCGCUUGACACAAACAUGCGAACGAUAUGGCACAGAGGCAAAAUAUAAAAUGUCAUGCACUGUGUCAGCCACAAUGGCACCAAAUUUGGGUGUGGAAAACAUAACGAUUCCACUCUUGGGAACAGAAGAAACCGGUGUUUCGGUGGAUAAAGGCGACAACGCAGUGAAACGUAAGACGGAUGAUACGAUGAACGUCGAAAGUGAGCUGUUGAAAAGGCAAAAAACAAUGGAAACAUCUGUGAAUGACGAUGAAAGUGGUGAUACGGAUCAGAGCCAACAGAUUAAAUACGCAACAUUCUAUUGUGUUCAUUGCUUGAAAGAUAAAGAGCCGACCAAGUCGUUCAACGGAACAUUCGAUGAUGUGUCUGGUCAUUGGUUGAGAGAGCAUUUGGAUGAAUCGAUUUGCAAACCAUUCCAAUUCUACGCCGUUGCUUUGCUUAGUUGCUUUUAUUGCAAAGAGGUCGGUACAUACCACGAUUUGGUGAAGCAUCACCAGGAAAGGCACCCAAAUAAAUUGUUUGUGAUUGCGGAUCGAAUGGACGCAAAGAAGUGUGGAAUGUGUCACUUCAAAGAUGGUGACUUGAUCGAGCAUUUCAAGUUGACGCAUGAACCAAACUCGACGCCGAAGCUCUUCAACCCGAUCUACUAUUCAGAAGAAAGAAUUGCCGAGCUCUUGACCAUCAACGUGUCAAAGAAACAACAAUGCAGCAAAUGCGGCGCAGUAUUCGAGACACAAGAUGAAAUUGGCGACCAUUUCAGAAUGGCUCACAACGGUCAUGCAGUUGAAUCAAAAGAAUUCAUUGAUAACCGCACCACACCAAAUCACUUGAUUUGUGGCUAUUGCCAUAAAAAGGUCAAUGGCAACCGAUAUUUGAACCAUCUUCCCGAGCACACCUUUAAUUUCCGUUGCACUGUGUGCCCGUAUCAAUCAGGUGAUCUAUCGGAUAUUGCAUUCCACGAGAAAAUCGUCCACGACAUCGACUCCUUGAGCUACCAUUGCUCGAUCUUCCCAGUUUGGAUGAAGAAAAAACUUCUCGGUACACAUAUGGUGUAUGCGAAUGGAUUGGUACUCAAAGCAUACAAUGCACUUGAAACGAAGUACGAUGACAGCAACUUGUUGGAUACGUUCAUUCAAGGGUAUUUGGACGUGAAAAAAGAACGGGCAAAGCAAAUGAUCGACACGUAUGGAAAAGGCGCCAAGUUGAAUGGGUAUCCGGGCACCGAAAAUUGGAACCGAGUUCCGAAUGGCACAAAUUGUAAUGGCGCUCAAAGUGGUGCAAAUUUGAAGGAAAUCCCGAAUCUUCGCUCAUCUCCGACAAUCGGAACAGCUCCACCAAUGGAAACCGCUCCAACUAUGGUGAACGCGGAAAUCCACCAACUCAAAGCAUUGGUCGAAGGUCUAUUGCACAAGACACAGAACGAACCAACAACCAAUCACCUCGAAUUGAAUGCAAAUCAGUUUGGAAAUGGUACCAGCGAACGGUCGAAUAUACCAGGAUUUGGUAUGCAAGGAUUUCGAAAGGAAGCAAAUCCAAAAAGUGAAUCGUCAUUGAUUAAGGAACUGGUUGAUCAGCAAAAACUGACCAAAAACGUAUACGUUCAAGGGAUCUGUGGUAAUUUCCGCGGUGCAGAUCAACAAGAAAUUUUUCUGAAGCUAUGCAAGAAGAUGGGUGUGACCAUAUGCCGUACUGAUAUCAAAAGAAUUGAUCAGUGUGCAAAAGGAAUAACAGUGAAACUGCAUCGUUUGGAGGUGAAGAAAGCGAUCAUGAAUCAAACACGAGACAAAUUCGUUUGGUCAAACGAGUUAAUUAAAGUGGCCAGAGGAAAAAAGACAUGGAAAAUUCGUGUAUGUGAACAUAUGACCACUUUCUACUCGAAAAUGUGGUAUACUGCAAUGGAUUUGAAAGAACAACAUCGUUUGCAUGCAUUCGAAUUGACCGAACAUGGAUUACUUGUACAACGAACACCAAGUGCCAAUGGACGUGCCGUUUUGUCAGAGCAAGAGCUAUUGAAUUUCGUUCAAAACAAUUGACAAUCGAACAACAACGAAAAUUAUGACAUGACUUCAAGAAAUGAAACACGCUUUCAUCUGGAAACUAUUCCCUGAUUCAUCCAAAUCUAUUUGCAACCAUUCUUAAAAUCAUUUUUGACAUUGCAUACUAUGCAAUGCAUAGCAUUAUCUGACCUUUUUUUAUAUCAAUCACAAUUAACACAAAAUUCAUACAUUUUUUU